UGAAUCACCUGGUCCGACUCUUCCUCUUCUCGUGUCCCUUACCCUAGGCUAGAUCUAUCCACAACUCAGAUCCCCAAUCCGACUCGUCUUCCUCCAUCCGUACGGCCGGCCAUAACCAAUCUCCCCAGAAAUCCCAGAUCCCCGCCGGCCUCCGCCUUCAUCAAUGGCUAGCAGGGAGGAAUUUGCACCUUCCUAUGUCUUGCUGGAUCGCACCGUUCGUAUCGACAGGGAAGCCGUCCGGAAAGAAUCGGAUUGGGCGAUCAUGGAGUGCACAGACUGGAAGGCCUACGGGUGCGACGGCAGCUGCAACCGCAACGACGUCGAGAACGCCUCUAGGAUGAAGGGCUUGGUGCUCCUCGCGCGCCUCGCUGAGCCCCCAAAUCUGUCGGAGAUUUCCGUUCGCCUCGCCCCCGCCGUGCCGAAAGCCAAGCAGCCGACCAGCUUCCCCCCCGGCACCGCCCUCUUGCCCAUCUUCGACCUUCCGGAAGGACCGGAAAACCUGCCCACCCACGUCGAGGCCGCGGGCGAUGGCCUCAUCGUCCUCAACUCGCGCUUCGCGGAUGGCUCCCGCUACUAUCUCGUCUACGACGCCAUCAGCAAGUCGCUCUCUAUGGUCGCGGGCCUGCCGGACCCAUGCCGGACCUACUGCAGCAUGCGGCCUCUCCCCGUGCGCGGCAGUGCUGGCUACUCUCUGCGCAGCCGUGUUGGUACAUACACAUACACCUUGGCCCUCGUGGCGAAGGACUGGGAGUUCAACAUGGAGACGGGGGAAUACGACUACCGGAAUGUCCUCUGCCUGUGGUCGCCGCGGCCAUUCUCCAUACCAUCGCCGUGCACCAUACGUUCCAGCUACUACGACACGCCAUGGCAAUUCAAGAAUGCACUCUUCCCCUCAGAGAUGCCUGGUUCCUUCCACGCCGACAAGGUGUUCUCGUCCGGAGGCAUGUGUUUCUGGGCUGACCUCGCCCAGGGCCCCCUCUUCUGCCGCUGCGAGGACGUGCUCUCAGACGGCAAUGAUGUGCAGUUCUUCCACAUCCAGCUGCCUCCGGAGUGCCGGCUUGACCUCAUGUUCCACCUGAGGGGUGAUCUUGAGCUAUGCCGGACAAUGAGCUGCGAAGGGGACUCCAUCAAGUUCGUCUGUGUCAGUGCAGAACCCCGUACAGGCCACCCCGGAGACAGUACGGUGACAAUGUGGACUCUGAGCCUCGCAACCGAGCAGUGGCUGAAAGAUGGGGAACUUCAGGUGGCAAGUCUGUGGGAGAUGGAGGGUUUCAAGAAUGCGAGGUUGCCUAGGAGCAUACCGGUUUGCCCCAUUCUGAUUCCCAAUGAAGAUGAUGGUGUACUCUCUUUCAUGCUCAAUGAAGCAGGUGACGAGCUGUACAUGGUCACCAUUAACAUGCACAGCAAGAGAUUCCUCUCGGCCAUCACCCUCUCACCAUGUCCUGAUGAUGAGGUCGUUCCUCCUUUGGGCUUCGAUCUUUCCAAACACAUUCAGGAUCUGUCUCUCCACCCCAUUCGUGAUGAGGGGUGCCCAAUUGCAACCAAGAGGAAGUUGUCAUCACUCAACUGACAUCGCGGUCAGCGGUGGGCAUCUCGGUGGUGCUGGAGCAGUCUUCAUUUUGCUAGGCUGCUUUCUUGGUAGCGUAGGGAUUCUGCAUGCCGUCGUGCUGUUUUGCAAAGCUGCUUCUAGGUUUUGUAUUGCUGCUGCUGCUGCUGGCGCUAUGAAAUCAGAUUCUGAACUCAAAAUUUCAAACUCCUUUAGUUUGUCAACCUAGAUGUGGCUGCUUGUUGCUCUUGGUGCACUCAAGAAACACGAUUUUAUCUUGGACUUGAUGGUUAUCAGAAUUGUGAUAUGCCUGA